AUGUCGUACCAGUCCACAGUGCGUCUCUGUUCCAGGGAGACGAUGCUCCGCGCCCACACCUCCGCCCACCAGAGGGAGCUGGUGAGCGCCGGGCUAGACGCCUUCUUAUUGGCCGGAGACGUUUACCGGCGGGACGCGAUCGACGCCCGCCACUACCCCGUGUUCCACCAGAUGGAGGGAGUCCGCCUCUUCUCCGCCCGCGAGCUGUUCGCCGAGGUGCAGCAGGGGGAGGAGCUGUCCCUGGGGGAGGAGCUGUCCCUGGGGGAGGAGCUGUCCCUGUGGGAGGCGGCGGGCCGGCGGACGCCUCACAAACAGGAAGCUCACUCUCUGGAGGCCGUGAAGCUGCUGGAGUUCAACCUGAAGCUCACUCUGACGCGACUCGUCACUCAGCUGUUCGGAGAAGAUCUGGAGGUGCGGUGGGUUGACUGUCACUUCCCCUUCACUCACCCCUCCUUUGAGAUGGAGGUGCGUUUCCAGGGCGACUGGAUGGAGGUUCUGGGCUGUGGAGUGAUGGAGCAGGAGCUGCUGAUCUCAGCGGGGGCGGGGCACAAGGCGGGCUGGGCGUUCGGCCUGGGCCUGGAGCGGCUGGCCAUGGUCCUGUACGGCAUCCCGGACAUCCGGCUGUUCUGGAGUCAGGACCAGCGCUUCCUCAAGCAGUUCCACCUGGAGGACGUCCACACGCCCGUCUGCUUCCAG